AUGGAGGAGCAAUUCUCGGAGAAUGCACGAGGUUAACUUAACGUCGUUUGCGAUUUAAUUGGCUAUUCAGCUUUUGGAUCAUUGAAUUUUUUAACGACAGUUUUCGAAGAACGUAGCGAAGAUAUUUCCAACUUGAGACAAGAAGUUUGUUUUCGCCGCUUUUCUCGCCAAUUUUUUUUUUUGAGGUUUUUGUUCGUGAGCAAAAUGUCCCGGUUCAGUUAGAAUUCAAUGAUGAAGAAGAGCGAGCUUCUCUAUAUUUUGUCUGUUAUCACGGUAUUGCACUCACGUUUAUCAGAGCUACAUUUGAUGCUCAGGGUCGAAAAUAGUGGGCUGCAUUCGAUUAAGAGAAAUAAAUCAAGUCCUCGUGAAGCUUGAGCGCGUAGCUGUACUUCAGGUGAGAUUCGAUGAAAGAUUAAUUUAUUAAUCGUUUUUAAAAACUUGUUUUUCCUAAUCUUUUUUCCCUCGUUUUUCCUAAUUUUUCUUCGCAAUCAGAAAGCUUUUCUAUCAUCUAUAAUAAAAAAAUAUUAGAUUUUUCACUUCUUGGAAUUUCAAAUUAAUCUGACUAGGGUAUGGUCUCCCCUGAACAUCGAGUUGAGAAUUGAGACUAUGUGGGUUUGAUAGCCCUAGGUAAGAGUUCUCGGAUUCAAAAAUAAAAUUCUGCUAAACCCCUCAGGCAACCGAGGAAAAGCUCGUCGAAAUUUUUCCAACGCGUAUAUCCCCGCGCUCGGAGUCUUCGGCUAGCAACUGGCGGCGUGGUGUAGUGGUAGUGGUUUCUCGAUUAUUUUGAAAUUUGAAAACUUGUCAAUAUUGUGACCAGGGUUCGAAUCCUUUUAGCGGAUAUCAUUUUCGCCGACUCAUAACUUCAUCAUUUUCAUAUUUUUGAGAAACUUUUCAUAUCAUUACACUUAAAUUUUAUGAAAAUGACAAUAAAAAAGUAUAAUGAUUGCAAAAACUCAUUCUUAAAAAAAAAUUUUUUUUUGAGUGUACAAGGUUAAGGACAACCACCUGAACAAAAAGAUUCCGUAAUAUUUUUAAAUGUGCAGAAAAAAGCGAUUGACCUCCUGAAUUUUUGAAUUUUGUAUUUUGAAUUUUUUUCGAUUAGAUUGUUUCUAUCAGCAAUUGUACAGAAAAAAAGAAGUAGAAAAAAAUAGUUUUUUUGCAGUUAUUUUUCUGUUGUUUAUAUUUUUCAUUUUCAUAAAUUUUUUUAGUUUAAUUAUUUGAAAAAUUUUUCUUAAAAAUUAUGAAAAUGAUGAAGUUAUGAGUCGGCAAAAAUGAUAUCCGCCAAAAGGAUUCGAACCCUGGUCACAAUAACGACAUGCUUCGAGAGACCACUUCGAGAGACCACCACUAUACCACGCCGCCAGUUGCUAGCCUAAGGCUCCGAGCGCAGGUAUAUACGCGCUGGAAAAAUUUCGACGAGCUUUUCCUCGGUUGCCUGAGGGGUUUAGCAGAAUUUUAUUUUUGAUUCCGGGAGCUCUUACUCAGGCCUAUCAAACCCACAUGGUCUCAAUUCUCAACUCGAUGUUCAGGGGAGACCAUACCCUAGUGAGAAAUUCAGUAAACUGUGUCUUACCAGAAAGGUAAUUUCACUUUUUCGGGCAAAACCUCCGAAACUUGUCAGAAACUAUGCUUAUCCUAUAAUAUUCAACCUACACAGCUUUCUAUGCCUGUUUUUCUCGAUAAUUUUCGGUCGUGUGGAACUUCGAGGCAUUCGCUCAAAAAAAAACUUUUUUUGGACGAGCUUUUCAGAAUCUUUUUUAACAUUAAGACUACUUUCAAAGCGUUCUCGAGUUCCGGAAAUAAGAAUCUUUUUUCUUUUGUUGUCACAACAUCCAUUGCUUUGUUUAAAAUUCAUUAUAUAAAUUUCUUUAGUCGCGUAUUUAAGAAUAGAGAUGGUAGGAAGGAAUUUUGGGUUCCCGAAUAUUCGUGAGCGUUAAUUGUGCAUACACCAAUCUUGGAGGCUCGAAUCUUUGAAAAUUUGAAUCUUUGCAAACGAUUCUUGGGAAUAUUCACCUCUUUUCUGAUUUUUUAUAAUUUUUCCAAUGUUUUUGUUAACAGAAGUUGAUGGAGAAUAUAUACAGAGUGCUUGAAAAUGUGGUAGCCGUUCUGCAGCGAAUAUUUGACUACGUGUAUGCGAGAAAGACGCAUUAUUUGAUAAAAAGUUGUUUGAAAUAAAUUAUACAGUGUUCAUUUGUGGUCGAAACACGGCAUCUUCACAAUAAAACGACAAAGGAAAAAAAUGUAAGAAAAAAAAAGCAGGAAAUUCAAAAAAGAGGGGAAUAUUCCCAAGAAUCGUUUGCAAAGAUUCAAAUUUUCAAAGAUUCGAGCCUCCAAGAUUGGUGUAUGCACAAUUAACGCUCACGAAUAUUCGGGAACCCAAAAUUCCUUCCUACCAUCAGAAUAGAUUUUAUGAGUUUGCCUGAAAUUCUUGCCUUUCAGGAAUAUAGAAGGAGAGGGAUCGCUCGCCAACUCAUAAUAAAUGGGCUCAAGUUCUUCCUAGAGGACCGGCGCAAUUCUUUGCUCUACGCUUUUGCACAAUCUUCAGCUAUCCAACUUUACCUGAAGCUAGGGUUUGUAGUCCUUUUGACUAGGCGUUCAGUCAUUUUCAUGUCUUCAGGUUCUCAGUUGUUUCGGAAAAGUUCGAAGAAGAAGGCACGGACAUAGAUCAUUUUACUAUAGUUUUUCCAUUAGAAAGAAGACUUCGAAAUUUUUUGAUAAAGUACUCGUUUUUUUUUUACUUUUCUGCGGUGAGGAAGGUUGAUGUCGUUUUCAGCGGUCGACAUGAGUUCAAAGAUUAUGAGAAUAAGCCUCAUUUCGAGAUUCAUGAUGAGGUCGUUGUCCAAAGGUUGCAUAAACUUUUGAAGCAACAAGAAGUUCCGAAGAAUCGAAGAUGUUAUGAUAUGCCUUCCUUUUCAGUCGCUGGAGCUGUUCAACUUCUGUUCUCUCCCUCUUCUUCUUGACAGCGAUAUCAUAUCGGGAACUAUUUGUUCGCGCUUCGCCAACUACUGUUACCUAGCUAGUACUUUCAUGCAUGAACAUCGAGAAAAUAUUCUGGGUUCGAAGAAGUCGAGUUUUGAGCUAUUUCUUUUUUUCAGACAAAACUCUGCUGCAGAAAAUAGGUUCAGAGGAAGAAUUUCUAUUCGGUUUAGCCAAUGACAAAUUGAACACAGGUUGAAAUGUUUCAAUUCGUUUUCGAUGUGUUUUCAGGUCAUUUCAUGAACGUAGAAGAAAACUGGAGAGUGUUGUUUGGAAUGAUUUCCUUUGUUAGCGCAUUUCUGCUCUGGAAAAUCGAUUCUCUGGAGGUUUGAUAGAUUCAUGGGACUGUUUUUAAUGACUUGCAGAAGUCGUUGGAAACAGCUGAUAGGGGACUUUGCAUGGGUCGCGUGAAUGAAGAAUUCGUCCCGCUGCGAUCACUUGCUGAGAAAAUUCACGAUAUACUUGUUACCGACCAAAAUUUCUCCAUUCAUCCCGAAUAUAUCGAAAAAGUCGGUUUUUUGAUAUCGCUACGAACACGAGACCUGAAUAUCCAGAGAGAGUGCGUUCCGCGCGAAAUAGUCGCGUUUUAAAAGAACAGAAAAGAAAAAGCUACCGUAAAUACAACAUUUUUGGUAUAGGGCAGAGGUGGAGGAUGGCUGCCCUCUGGCCGCCCUGCCUGCCAAGCCAUAAACGCCCAAAAGGCAGAAAUGACUUUUUCAAAAGUCAGCGUGGCGCGACGGUCAUUUGUAUGGCGAUAUCGCCCUAGCAUCUAAAAGCGCUUGUUUUGAGCGAUGUAUGAAACUUUUUUACUAAAACACAAAAACCCGAAAAAAUGGUGGUAGGAAAAACAGAUCAGCGAAAACUCGAACAACGAUUUUUCUGACUUUUUCAUAUCGCUAGGGAGCUUUCCGACUAAUCCUUUUCAACUUUUUUGCUAAAUAAACUUUUCGUUUUGAAUCCUCCCAUAUAAAGUAGGUAUUCAUGAUUAAAACACAAAACAGUAGUCAAAAAAAUGUUUUAUGACUACUUUCCCCCCUUUUUUCUCUUUUCCUUUUUUCUUCCCCCUUCAUUUCUCAGUUUUCCCUUUUCAAUUUUUCAAACUUUAUUAAUUUAAAACUGCGCCUAGGUAUAAUAGCUAAAAACCUUUUAUACUUUUUUGAUUUAAAGCAAGAGGGUAAAAUGCUGACGAUGGGUCACCCUCUAAGCCGUCCAUUUUUGGGACGCGAAACGGCUGCGCGAUAUAAAAUAUUCUCAUCUUUAAACCCUUUCUCCUCUAAGAAAUUUCAGAAAUCCUAAAACCUUUUCAUAGUAAUGUCCUCCUCAUAUGUAUUUUCUCACCCUUCAUAUUGAUUAAACACACUGAAUUAGGUACCGAAAAAUAAAAGGGAAAAAAGUCGGGAAGGUGGCCGUCGGAAAGUUCCCUAGCGAUUUGAACAUCUCAAAAUUUUUUUGUCGAAAUAGUUCUCUAGUGAGAUUGAAAAGGUAGCCUUUUGACCCGUUUCAGUGACAAUUCCCUGCUGAAAUAACUGUUACAGUAGAUUAAAAACGUUAACACGAAGUUGCGAAAAAAAAAACAAUUCAAAAUUUACAAAAUUGAUAAUGAUUAGUUCAGGGCGUUAUCGCCACGUACUUGACCUAGUUGCCAAAGACCACGUAAAUUAAUGGCUCAUUUCUAUCGUUUGGCUUUUUGGCUUGGCUUGGCCGCCAAGCCAAGGACUGCCUUCCCAAUCCUCCACCUCUGGUAUAGGGUGUUUUUGGCGGAAAGAAAAACGUGACAAAUCGAAUAGGCUUUACUUGAUCACAAAAUGAUCUGUGCGUUCUUUUCGAAAAAUUUUGUCCGGCUUUCAGAUAGACUCCAAUUUUUCGUCACAAAACGCUAAUUUCAUUUCACUAGGGCUCAAGAAUUUUGAUAAUAAUAUUCAACGGCGAAGCGUCCCGAAUAAUUGAUUUUAUCAUUUCUCUAGCCCUUUGAGGUAAAAAAAAAAAAGAAUCUUGAACGGACUACAUAGAUUAAUACAUACUAUAUAAAUUUGAUUCAAGAACGAGGUCAACUUCGAUCUACGCCCGCUGGUUAAAUCUAGGGGGAUAAAAGAAAUAUCAUCCGACGAAGAUUUACUCGAAGCCCCGAUUAAAGCCUUGAUUGCUAAUGAGCCUCUAAUCAUUCGGAAACUGGCUGUUAAUUUCCCCGCAUUUUAUAAAUGGAGGUGCGUUCCAAACAUUGAAAUGCGUCUCACCGAAAAAGGGAAUUCAAGCUUCGAUUAUCUCUGCACGAAGCUUUACAACCGAACCAUUCCUGUGGAAAUUGGGAGCAAAUACUCGGACGAGGAUUGGUCUCAGAGGAUGAUGAAGUUUUCAGAGUUUAUAUCUACUGCACCGGUUGGUUUGCAGGGGCAGUUAUGUUAUCGACCUUUUUUUCUCAGGAGAAGAAAUAUUAUCUUGCACAACACCGGCUUCUCGACCAGGUACCUUCGCUUAGAAAAGACAUCCCGACUCCUGACAUCAGCCUCGCGAACGACGAUUCAUGCGUUUGUGUUUUUCGAAUGGUUGCUUGAAACCUUUUCUGUUUCAGGCCGUGGAUGUGAAUCUGUGGAUCGGACCGAGCGGAACUGUGUCUCCUCUGCACACGGACCCCAGACACAACAUGUUCGUUCAGGUAGGAAGCCUGAUUCGAAGUCCCGGAAAAGGAAUCUACGUGUUUUCAAUCUUCAGAGUUGGCCAUAUGGCUUCAGGCGAUUCAGAGAAAAGGAAUUAGAUUAAAAGCAGACCUAUUUUCUAGAUUCGAGGCUCCAAGACGCUGAGAUUGGUCGCACCAAAGGACUCUGAGGGAGUCUACCCUAUUGAAGGAAUGUUGUCGAACACGAGUCAGGUACUUCCGGAGGCUUCGCCUUAUUAUUCAGCCAUGAACCAGUAGAAACUUUUGCUAGUAUAUAUCUUUAGAAUUUGAAGUCGUUAAGGAAUAAAAUCUUUAAAAAAUGUCUUUAAAUGCUUAGGUAGAUGCUGAAAAUCCCUCUUUGGAGCAGCAUCCGAAAUUCGGCGAUGUGGAGGUGUUUGAUGGAAUCGUGGAAGAAGGUGACGGGAUCCUCCUUCCGAAAGGCUGGUGGCACUACCUAAGAUCAAUAUCCCCCUCCAUUUCUGUUUCUUUCUGGUUCGACUGA